UACAGUUUGGUUCAACAGCUCUCAGCACCCCCACUGUACAAAUGGUUCCAGCGCCCCAGCUCCUGCUCCUCCUCUGAAGGGAAUGCAGCUGCUCCCCAGCCAUGCUGGGCUACCCUGUGCCAGGUGGAGACGGCCCUGGUAGUUGGAUUUAGAGGGAACCAGGACUUCCUGCAGCGUGAGAGGGGGGCCCAGCCCUGCCUCCCCGCCCCCCUCCCAGCCCACUCAGGAUGCUGGCCGGCUGGAGAGAGCUCUCUGCAGGGAUUGGUGCCACGCUUUGCUGCCUCCUCUUCUUCUGGCUCUUGUAUUCUCAUCCACCUAAGGAAGGGAAGGAGCUGGAGGUGGGGACGUGUGAGAUUACGGCACUGAACAGAGACCUCAGCCACCCCAGGAGGAUGAUCGCCCGGCAGACAGCACGCUGUGCCUGCAGGAGAGGCCAAGUCGCAGGCACAACGAGGACAAAACCUGCCUGUGUGGAUGCUCAGCUCAUUGCCAGUAAGCAGUGGUGCGGGAUGGAGCCCUGUGAUGAAGGGGAACAGUGCACUUUGUUAAUAAAUCGUUCAGGCUGGAGCUGCACUAGACGACUGGGCCGAAUAAAAACCAUCACAGUCUCCUGACAGCAGCAGCUGAAGGCCUGAGCCUGGUGCCUCCACUCCUGGCUUCCGCAGCAGUAUAAAUACCGCUGCCCUGGGGCAAGGGACCAGCCCCUCUGUCCGCUCCCCGGUCUCCUUGCAGCAGGGCCUGGUAAGACACUGCUCUGCAGCCCAUACGCUGGACACAGAACCGCCUAGGCCGGGAGCCCUGCUCUGUUGCCGGCUGGGAUGAUGUCAAACAGCUGGAAAGACGUGUCGGGUUUAUCCCUAUCCAAUGGAUUUCCGGCGUCCGGAGGGGUUUUAACUGAAAUGCAUCUUUCUGCAAACCUUUGCAUUGUGAACAGAGGGAGCAGCCCCUUGGCACCCAGAGGGUUAAAGAGUGGGCAUAUUUGCUGCGGCUGGCUCACUAGGGAGCAGCCCAGGUGAGACCCAAGGACAGACGGACGCAGACUGAUGUUCAACCACAGCGUAGCUGAGAGUUGGGGAUUUCUGUCCAUCACCUUGAAGCAAACUCUCUCUUAUUGUAUUUCUCCUCCUCUCCCAAUCUGCAGAGACAGAGAGAAUGCAGAGGGGACAGCUCCAGAGAGAAGGUGCUAAGGUCAUCUCAUCUCGACCCCACUGGUUCACCUUCAGCCCUUUCGAGAGUCCCCUGAGGUUGUGGGGCUGUCUGAGCCAAGCCCUCACCCCACACCCAGCAGCACAGGUUCCCCACAGGCUGCUGUGAGUUGUUCCAUAGGGAAACACUGAUUUGAUGAGUUUCUCUUCCCUUUCCAUUUGCAACUUGUCCAUCAGCAGCUCACAAUUUCCCCAGAUUUAUUCAGCAGCUCAGAACAAAUGGCCAAAUUAUUCCUACAAAUAAAUUCUCAGCCUGUCGCCCACUUGCAGUCAAUUCAUCACUGGGUAGGUGUGUGUGGGGGGAAAUCUUUCAAUUGAGUCAUGUUCAUUUGUUUUGAUUGGUCCCAUGGUGGUGUUUUGGGGCCUUGACUGGCCAAGCAUCGCUCUUGGGAUGGGGUUAUAUGUUCCGAAUUGGGGUCCCAUGAGUGCCCUCCAACCUUCACGCUGACGUCCCUGCUACGAAACGUUGGCUAGGAGAUUCCCAAAGGGCGACGGGGGUUCAGUUCUUGUCGGCGGAGGGUAGUCUGGGCAGGUAUUCGCCGUGUGCAUGGGCAGGAGGGAGAGAGAGGGUGGAGUGAGGACGUGCUGAGACUCUGAGCUGUUGGGUUGGAAAGGGUUGUUUGCCUCACACUGGUCUGAUCCCACGGUCGAAGUAAGAGAAAGGUCAGGGGAGCCAGUCAGGUUGCUGGGGAAGCACUCAGGGCUCAAUGUUGCAGCCUUGUCUAGACCAGGAUUUAGGAGGCAUGGGCUAACUUGUGUUCAUGGCCUGGUGCAGACAAGGUAGGGUGCCUAGGGAUAGCUCAGUGGUUUGCACAUUGGCCUGCUAAACUCAGGGUUGUGAGUUCAAUCCUUGAGGGGGCCCACUUAGGGAUCUGGGGCAAAAAUCUGUCUGGGGAUUGGCCCUGCUUUGAGCAGGGGGUGGGACUAGAUGACCUCCUGAGGUCCCUUCCAACCCUGAUAGUCUAUGAUCUAUGUUGCAUGGCUCAUGUUAAAGCCUAGGUUAAGGCACCAGUGUAACACAUAUUAAAAGCACUGUGCCUUGACCACACUAGACUGUUAACACCUUCCAAAUCCUUGCCUGGACAAGGCCCGAUUGCCUACAACCCACUCUGAAGCUAAUGGGAACUGAAGUUGCUUGGCACCUCUCAGGAUCAGGCCUUUUCUGCUCUCUAUAGAGAGUGCUGUACAGUGGUGAGAACUACACAGCUGAAGAAGAGAAGGUCCAUGCCCCGAAGAGCUUAUCCUUAGAGAGGCGCCUGAGCCAAAGCCGUGGGUGCAGACAUCCCCGAGCUGUGGGCAAGUUUGGAUCUCAGGCCUUGCAUGUCCUCCUCCAAGGUACCAACAGGUACAGAGCCAUCAACACACAUGAAAUGCAUCUGGACUCUAGUGCAGCCAGGCCUUACAGAACAGGCGGGUCUGCAUGGGAGGAAGGAGGCCUAUAGGAAAGGUCCCUUGUAAUUCAAGGGGACGGCAUGGCAGAAGGCAGAGAGCAGGCCAAGGGGAGACUGAGCAAGACCAACGUGGAUCAAAGUUUGCAGGAGUCCUUGAGGCAGACUUAAACUAGGAGAGGCUUGAUCCCUGCUACCGGGGUGUCUCUGAAUGCUAGACAGUGGCGGGCAGCAUUGUCCAAGAAGGGGGUCUCACUCUGUGCCCCCAAUACUAAGAGCCAACAGGUAGCUGGCUAGUGAUUUACAGCAUUUUCCUAUCCUGGGUCCCAGAGUGGCUUUGUAGUUGGGGAUUGCAGGAUGGGCCAUGGGUUGGGUUCCACUUUUCAUUCCCUGCAGCCCAGGGGUGACCUGGCCCAGUCCUCUCUCACGUGGCAUAAAGAGCUGGCUCCAGGGAGAAGAUCCCUAGCAAGCCCCACUCCAUCAUCUUGUAAAUAUUAACAGGGGUCCUUCUCCUCCCCCACCAUCUCGUUAUGAGUGGGACUCUGAUCCACGGAAUUUUUUUCACUGUAAUAAGUUUCCAAAAAACUUGUGAUGUCAACAAUAUAAGGAAAUAAAAUUCUAACUUUAUUAAUCAAA